AAUUGCAUUCAGUGUGCAAUUACGCAAUCACUGCGAGAGACAGCGUGUGGCAUUGAAAGGAACUGCGCGUAAUGCGCUUAAUUGUUAUGUAUUUAAUAAAUUUACCUGCUAGUUAAUAGUAUUAAGGACGGAUGUAAUGGCUGUGUGGCGGACGAGAAGUGAAAGUUGUUUGCUUCAACGGACGCGAAUGCGAGCGCAAUCAGUCGCGAAGGAACGCUUGCCGCGACAGGCGACGACGACGCUGACCUACUAAGUUUUCUCUUUCGUCGCGCGGUGUUUUAUAACGCCGUAAAAUGAAGUUUUUUCUCUUUGUAUGCGCGUUGGCAUGCCUGCGGUUUUCCACGGCGUUGAUUAUUCCCGAUGAAGUGCCAACGCUGUUGUCGCUUAUUUACUCCAACAUUCCCACGUUGAAGAAAGGGACGGAUUCUCGGUUGGGAUGGGGUUUUCGUUUUGGUGAUCGUGCGGAUUUUCAAGUCUUGCUUGAGUUGGGUCCGCAGAAAGACACACAGCCGCUGGCGAAUCAGGAUUCGGCGAAUAAGCGCGCGGCUGCGCACACCCUCGCAAAUGCGCUCUAUGCACAGUCGCUGCGCAACAAGGAGCAGGAACAGAAGCAACAACGACAACCAACGAUUUCUGAUACGAAAGGCGGUGAAUUUAUUAAACAGUGGUCGGAUGAUUUCAAUCAACCACAACAACAACCAGCAGUGAAUGAGCCACCAAAACAAGUCCCUGUUGAAGAAGCGCCUACGAAAUUCACUCUCGGUAUAGGCGAAGUUGAUGCCAAAGAUUACAUCCCUGAAGAUGCCACCGAUCCGCCCGCAAACCCUCAGAGUGCGCUUGAGAUGUUGGCGCAGAUGUACGACAAGAAGAAACCGUUGGUGGCCAAACCAACUGUGAAGCCGCCGAGAACAACGACCAGUUGGAAGGACGCGCUGGACAAUGUCGAUCUGGAUUGAUUAUGAGCGCGCCGGUUAUUUAUUUAUUGGUGCAUGUGAACAAUUUAAGAGAUUUGGUUAUUUGUAUAUACAUUUAUGCAGGUUUUACGUUGUGUAACCUGAGGUGUUAUUAGGUAAAAAUGAGAAGUGUGUAUUUUCGAUUGUAACAUGGAUUGUCAUAUUUAUAAUUUUUUAAAUAAUUUUAAUAUUCUAUGAUACCAUGUAUCAUUCAUAGGUGGCACCAGCAUGAACUAAAAAUCAUAAAAUAGACUUGUAUCGUAUA